CUUACAGGAACCAAACCUGCGUCAAAUGAGGACCAAACAAAUAUUGUAGGAGGUCAUAUUGCCAAACAGGGUGAGAUUCCUUACCAGGUGUCACUCAGAUCCUACUCGUCUUACACCUACUCAAGAGGUCACUUUUGUGGGGGAACCAUUCUUGAUAAGAGGCACGUCGUGACAGCUGCUCAUUGCGCUAUACACAUAACAAACUACACUGACUACUAUGUAGCCCUGGGAAGUAACAAGCUGACCAACUCUAAGGCAUUGAAAAAAUUCGCAAUUUCUAAGGUGACCUACCAUAAUGGCUUCUCCUACUCUACAUUGAGUAACGACAUUGCAAUCAUCAAGCUCAAGAAACCAAUCCGAUUCAACAAAAAUAUCAAGCCGAAGAAAAUUGCCACCAGAGUACCCAAGCAAGACACGAAAUGUAUCAUCAGUGGUUGGGGCACUUGGAACUAUGGUGACCAUGUGAUCCAUGACGAACUGAAGGCUGCCACAGUUCUGAUCAGCAACAUGACUCAAUGCAGAGCCAACUACUCCGACAGAGUCGAUCCUCUCACCAUGAUCUGUGCUGGACUAGUCGAGGGUGGAGUCGACUCUUGCCAGGGUGACUCCGGUGGCCCAAUGAUCUGCAACGGUCAACUGAGCGGAAUUGUCUCCUGGGGAAGAGGCUGCGCCUUAAGGUAUUACCCCGGCGUCUACACCAACGCCUACCACUACAGGGACUGGCUCAAGAAACAUGGCGUCAAGGUGAAGGAAGCUGACGAAAACGGAAGCGAAGAAGAGGAGAAUGACGCGGCAGAAGAGGAAGAAGAAGACGACAAUGAGGAAGAAGAAAUGGUCGAGAAGGAUAUGUUGCCUGCUGUUAUGAUGAGGAAUAUUGCUGAGCAGUAUAUACCUAAUAAAUACUAAUUGAAUAUUUAUUUCUCGAGAAUAAUUGAGAGAUACUUGGGGAUGUGAUAAUUCAGGAAUAUUACUUCAGGAUAUAAUCAAUGAAUACUCUAUAUAGUCUACAUUUAUUGAGGAUAUACUUAAGGUAUAUCACUUGAGGAUAUAUUCAAGGAAUAUAUUCAAGUGUGGAUUAUUCAGAGAAUAUAAUGUAUGAUCUGGUGUGGGAAUGAUACUUCACAGGAGUUUCAAGUAACUUAGAGAACUCAGAAAAUGAUAAAUCUUCUCAAGCUUCAAGAUUGAAGGAGGAAUUUUGAUAACAUGAAUAACUGUCACAGUAAAAAAUUGGAAAAUUUCAAAAAUUUUACUAGACUGGAAUAAAUGUUUUUUUAUUGAA